CAAACUAUGAAUAUUGACAUAUCAAAAUUAAUCAUUUCAAAUGAACUUCUAGAACAAUCUCAAGGUAGUUGGGAAGGUAUGAGUCGAGCGUUAACUUUUACUCCAGAAGUAAUACAACAAUGGAAUGAAUUACAUUUUGAAUUUUGUCCACCAAAUGGUGAAUCAAAACGAAUGGUACAAAAACGUGCUUUAGCUUAUCUAGAACCGAUUAUUGAACAAGCAAAAAAUCAAAGUCUAAAUGAAAAUCGUGAAAUAUAUUAUUCAACAAAAUAA